AUGUUGCCUGUGUCCAUAGUUGUGCCCAUCACGCGACUAGCCUUUGAGCCUGACUCGCCCAGGCCUUUGCCUCCGCGGUGGAUUCGUCCCCCGGACUUUGCCUCUGCCCCAGUUGUUCUUGCCUCCCACGAUUGGGACUGGUUUCUGGUGACACUCAUAGAAUGUUUUGCCUUGGCCCCGCACGAAGGCCAGCCUUUAGAGCCUUGCCUCCAAGAGUUCCUUUUCUCCUGGACUGUCUGCCCUCGCAUAUUAGCUUGCCUUCAUGUCCACGAGUGGUUGCCGCUGGUUCUUGCCAAUGAUGAGUGUACUCGCCGGGAGCUGAACCCCACAUGCCUCCUGCUCUGUCAGUGGGCCAUCGUGGCUGCCUCUAGCCUUGCUUUCCCGAGAGAAGAGCUUGAGGAAACAGGAACAGGGCGGCCUUUGCCUUCGCAUCUUGAUGCCUUCAUGCCUUCAGAAAUAGAUAGUGAGCAGGGAGCAGCUUGCAUGCGCGAUCGAGAGGCUGCAAGGGAAGUGGCCAGUUGUGUUGACAGCAGCCUGCUAAAUGAUGCCUUGGAGGAUUCUGUGCUUGCUCUGGGUAGGAGUGUAGUAGACAUUCCUUUGCCUUGGGAGCAGGAGAGCAUGAGCUUGGUGUUCGGUGAAGAUGACUCAGUGACAAAGCUUUUGGCAGGCCUCCCGAAGCACAUACCUGUGCCUGCUGUGUCCAGCACCAACAUUCAGCCUUCAGACCUUGUUGCCGAGCCACCGGCAAAACGCGCACGACAAAUGCCUGAGAGUGGGGAGUGUUUCAGGGUUGCUAUUUCUUCGAGGGCCUACGACAGUUAUGAGGAAAAGGAAGAGGCUCAAUGGCGACGUGCUCUUGAGAAGUGGCUGGUCAUUCUUACUGAGUGCCCGGGUUCGUCAUAUAUCGGAGAAACAGUUGCCAUCCAAAAGACGGAUGACGCGAUUGAAACCUUGCGUGAACUCUUUGGGCGAAAGAGUGGCAGUACAGUCAUGAAAAGGGGAUCGGCCCUCAUGGGAUACCUCUCAUGGGGGCGAAAGGAAUGCAGGGCCGAUGACCUGUUCCCUUUCAAGUCUGCGCAUCUAGAUGGAUACUUGAAGCACCUGAAGAGCGAAAAGAGGCCCGCCGGGGCUUUCACCAGUUUUCAGGAGUGCGUGAACUUCGCUAUACAUGUGGUCGGCAUUGCUGUCGACGAGACAGUCCUAGGACCGAAGCAAAGCACUGUGUGGAGCCAUUGGAGUAAAGGCGUCAUCGGUCAGGCUCAGCUGACCAAGGCAGAGCGGAAGCAGGCCACGGUCCUGCUUGUGGCAUACGUUGCAGCCCUGGAACGUAUGCUCGAAGAUGAGUCUGUUAACAGCUUUGAUCGUUACGCCUGCGGUGCAAUUUUGUUUGGGAUCUUCUCUCGGAGCCGAGUGUCGGAUUUGAGAAAAACAUUCGGUUGGUUCCUUGACUUCAGUGAACUUGGAAGUGGAGGGGAAGGUUUCAUAGAGUGCAAGACGCGAGACCACAAGACUGCCAAUGCUGUGGCUCAUACAGGUUUCAGCAUGCCCUUGGUUGCGCCUGCGCGAGGAGUUACAUCUUCAGCAUGGGCCGUGACGUGGGCCAAGGUUGCAGAAGAUGUCGGUUUGGGUUUUAGUUCCACCCGAGUAGGACCCGUGCUUCCUGCACCUGAUCAGAAGGGGGGCUGGACUCGACGAUGUGUCGAUUCGGGAGAGGUCACCAAGUGGAUGCGUGCGUUGCUUGACAAGGCUGGUUGCGAUGUGCCUGAGUCGUCGACCUCGCAUGCCAUCAAAGGGACGUCUUUAAGCUGGUGCUCUAAGUAUGGAAUGGAUAAGCAUACCCGCCUGCGCCUAGGACAUCAUAGCUCGGGCGACGGAUCCUUAGAUGCCUACGGGCGCGACAACCUUGCGCCAGCCCUCUUGAAAUACACUGAAAUGUUGGGAAGCAUCAGACGAGGUGUGUUCAUGCCUGACUUGAGCAGAUCAGGACGGUUCGCUGAUCGUCCGAUUGUGAAAGUCGAAGUGUCUGAGGAUGUCGAUGCUGUUGCCACUCCGUUAGCAGACCCUGCAACUUGUGGAGAACAGGGCCGCGAGAGUGAGUCGAGCGACAGCUCGAGCGAGUCGGAGCCUGAGUCCGGUGAUGAAUGGGUUAAGGGCGAGGACUUCCGGAUCAUGGGCUCGUUAACGGAAUCCACAGCAGCUUUCGCAUCGAGGGCGAAAGAGAUCGGCUUGACUCAAGCCGAUGUGGCCACGAUAACGGGGACCGGAGUGGAUACACUUUCCAAAUUAGCUUUUGCAACAGUACCGCCGGGCCAGUCCCCGAGCGAUGAUCAGGUACAGCGGCUCUUCGGGGCCACACCCAUUACGGCGGGGACGAUGGCUGCAGCCAAGCAUUUGAUCUUUGAGGCCCAUACCCUCGUAGUCCAAGAGUUAAAAACCCGAGUUCAGAGGGGAGACUCUGGAGCACCUUCGACGCUUGCCACCGCCGAGAGGGAAGAGCGCAUCACAGAGCAGCGCGCAAGGAUCACGGGCCUUCUGCAUCGUGGUGUCGAAGAACCUAGCCAUGCCUCUUAUGACUUGGUGUAUUCCAUGCUGUCAGCGGACUCCUUGACGUACUUAGGGCCAGAUAGGUUUCCAACCCGACAGUCGGAACUUCAGGGCAAGAAGCCGGGGAAGGAGCUCACCAUCGACGGAAACAGUGUGACGGUGAGGGACAAGGUGCCUCAUCAAACUUGCACAACGGGGACAGAACUUGAGCUUGCGCAGGCUCUGAGGCGUCGGGCCUUAGCAUUUGAUUUAGUCAAGUGCGCCAGUUAUGACACCAUGAAUCGGUAUCACUCGUCCUUGAUUCAUCGGCUGCAGGAGUUGCCACCGCCUACUUAUGUGAAGAUUUCGGUGGCACAGGUACUUAGGGCGGACAGGGCAGCUUUCACACGCAUUGCUGAAAAUCUUCCCUCAAUCAAGCGUCAGCCCGAUGGGACUUUGCCUUUAGAUCGAGCCCUUGAGAACAUUCUGCAGGAUCCCAGCAUCAGCUUCCACUUGUUACCUUUGAAAGGUGGAGAGAUCGAUGAUAACAAACGGAAGUGGACAGAUGACGCCAAAAAGACCGAUGAGCCGACCAACGAGACCAACGAAGGAAAGAGGUUGUGUUGGGCAUACAACAUUGAUGGAUGUCCCAAUGCUGCUGACGGCGAGGAGUGUCCUCGCGGAUGGCACUUGUGUUGCGAGCCAAAUUGCUUCAAGGCGCAUCCGUUGCCCAAGCACCGAAAGGUUAAAGGGGUCUCCUUGGAUGAAUGUCUCGUCUUAGAGGUCUCGCCGGGGUCGGGGCGAUUGAUUGCAUGCCUCAAGCAGCGACAGCUUGAUAACAGUUUUUCCGUUGAUAGAACAGCCGGCAGGUGCUGUGCACCGCGAAUUGUGAUUGACUUGUGUACAGAGUCGGGUCGCAAGCAAUUCCAGGAGAUUUUGACCGAAGAAAAUUUGAUCUAUGUUCAUUUUUAUCCGCCCUGUAAUACUACAAGCCGCGCCAGGUUGCGUCAAUUUGCAGGAGCCCCUGCAAUCCUGCGGAACGAAUCACAUCCCGAUGGAGUUCCAGGGUUGGGGCUAGCCGAUCGUACUAGAGUGAGUGAUGCCAAUGCUUACCUGCGUGCUGUGGCUGCAGCUUGCAAAACAUGUCACGAACGCGGAGUGCUUUUCAGCAUCUGCAAUCCAGAGUCAAGUUUCGUGUGGGCUACCAAACCUUUGCGACUUUUGCUUCAGGAAGUUCCUCUCUUCACGACGCACUUUCACCUUUGCAGCUACGACUCGCCCUUCAAAAAGGCUAUGCGAAUGUUGCACUCCCUGCCAAAAUUUUUGGAGUUGCAUCGUCCAUGUGCCGGUGGACAUGUACAUAAGUUUUGGUCUAAGGGUGUAGGCUGCAAGUUCGACCGUGAUUUGGAUUUUCCUUGGGGCUUGUGCAAAGCUAUGUCACAGCUUCUGCAAGAUCAACUGCUUGACAUGGGGGCCAAGCCUCUGCCUACUGACUUGAGUCAGGCAACACCCACCGUUGCAGCGGCCAGAGCUGUGGCUGGAUGGCAAAGCAAUAAGCGUGUCCUUCCUCUGGUUCCGGAGUUCAAACAUGUUGUGAACGUCCGUGGCAGCUUCACUGCUGCGUCUAUGCAUGGCCUUCAAGUAGGCUGCAAACUCCCUGCACCAUGGGAGGUACCUGCGUCUGCAAACGUUGACCCGUGCUUCGUGUCGUCCGUGCCACAAGGUGCCAAAGUCCUUCGCAUCCUCACGGUGCCGGGGGAUAGUUCAGAGGAUGCUUCUGACAACUUGAGUGCAGGCCAGGCCGACGGGCAAGACGACUCGCCGGCAGCCAGUUUUCUUCACCGUACAUGUUCGGACCUUCACUCUCCGCCUGAGGAUGCUCACCCUGCUGAGAAGCUUGCUUGCAUCAUGUUACGGUGGAACACUCGCUUCAGCCAAGAGGAGAUGCGAACUCUCUUGGACAUGUUGCCGCAAAAACAUCAGACCAGAGCCAGGGGGAGCUGUGAUGACCAAUCUAAUCAGUUUCUGUGCGGAGCCUAUGCUCAUGGGCCCAUGACGGGCUGCAAAAACUUGACGCGGGAUAUGCCUUGGUGCACUGCUGUGCUUUGCAAGCAUGUUCGCGAUAAUGCUCCGGGUUUUUGCUUCUCUGCUGUGGGCUAUCUGUGCAAUGUGCGCGCAGAAGCCCAUCGUGAUUUGCACAAUGAGCCAGGAACAAAAAACCUGAUCAUGGCAACGCAUGCUUGUGCUGGCGGAGGACUGUGGCUCGAGGAGGCAGGUGGACCUAUUGCAAUGAUCGUCGGGAAAACCCAACGUGCUGGGAGAUUUCACGACUUAGCAGUUGGGAGACCCUUUAUCUUUGAACCGAAGCGUUGGCAUGCCACUCAACCGUGGCGAGGUGACAGAGGAGUGAUCGUGGCAUACACCCCAGUGGGAGUGACCAAACUUGCGACUGCCGACAAAGGGUUCUUAGAAAACUUGGGUUUCCCCUUAGGCCCCUCUUGUGGUUCUAGUGAUGUGCCUCCCAGGGUCGCAAAAGUACAAAAAGGAAGUAUAACUUUCGGCGUGUACCAUGAGCCGGAGGAGUUCGUGGCGAGGGCGUUGAGCGUGCAACAUCCGUGUCACUUGGAAAGCCUUUUGCCAUCAGAGCUUGUCGAGGCCAUACGGGCGAAUCAUUCCAAAGAUGUUGCUACGCUUGGGCGAGAGCGAACUGAGAUGCUCAAGAAAUGGCUCGCUCGUGCUGAGGAGCUGGAAACUGCCGAAAGCCAGCUCAAGGGAUCCUUCAGCUCCCAUCGACGUCAAGUGUUGUGCAACAAGCGGCUGCUCUUGAUGAAAGAGAUGCUUGACAGUGUGGGACAUGAGGACGAGGACUUGAUAUCUGAUCUGUCAAAAGGUUUUGACUUAACCGGACCCCUGCCACGAUCUAACGCCUUUAAGAAUAAGUACCGCCCGGCAGCCAUGGCCGAGGAAACGCUUAGGAAAAGUGCGGGUUUAGUUAGGGGUCAGGUUUUGGCUUCGGUUAAAAGUUCAGGUGACGAGAUCGUGGAUCAAGGCGUGCUUGCAGCCACGGAGAAGGAGUUGACCAAAGGCUUCAUUGAGGGGCCGGUGAGUGCCAGCGACAUCCCUGAUGAUGGGACGGUCACUCAUCGCUUUGGAGUGAUUCAAGGAGAGACCGAGGAAGGUCCCAAAGUUAGACCAAUCGAUAAUUACUUGAGUUCGCUUGUAAAUUCGGUUGUAUCCCAAAGUGAACAAGUGCCCGUUCACACGUUAGACGUAGUUGCUGGCAUGUUGGCGAUGUGGUUGCACUUGUCUCCUUUGAAGUCCUUGCGUGCGGGACUUGUGUGCAAAUGUUGGGACCUCAGUGCCGCGUACAAGCAACUGCCGCUUAGUGACAAGAGUUUCGAAAAGGAUAGCUUUUUCGUAAUCUUCUGUCCCCGCACUCGCAAGCACGUCAUCUACAAGCAGCGGGUCAUGCCCUUCGGGGCAAAAGCCUCAGUGACCGCCUUUAUCCGUUGUGCGUUCGGGAUUUGGCGGUUGGGGGUAAAAAUGUUUGCCUUGGUCUGGAGUUUAUAUUUUGACGAUUUCCUAUCGGCCUGCAAGCCUGAGGAGCGCCGACAUGUGGAAGUCGUGAUCAGCACUCUGUUUCGGCUACUAGGUUGGGAUCUUUCACUAGAUAAACUUUUGCCUUACGACGUGUGCUGUAAAGUUCUUGGAAUCAAGAUUGACAUGUCUGAAGCUCGCCUGGGGCUCUUCAAGUUGGCGAACACCGAAAAGCGUGUGCUUGAGUUGACUGCUGCCUUGGACGAGGUCUUGUUAGCUGGCAGGUUGUCGCAUUCUGACUGCGAGAGGCUUCGUGGUAGGCUGCAGUUUGCUUCGGGCCAGUUGUUCGGUCGGAGGGCGAAGGUUGCUCUGCACCAGCUUAGCCGGCAUCACGGAGGUCGGCUGAGUGAGGUCACUUCCGAGGCGUGCCGCUUCUUGAGGCGUCUGGUUUCGUCAAACCAGAGCCGCUCGAUUAGUCGGCAACUGGGCAAUGUUGUGCAUGUGUAUGUGGAUGCAUCUUUCAGCGAUGAAGGCAAGCUUUGUGGCAUCGGGGGCAUGGCAUAUGACCAUAAAGGCUCCUUGCUCCAAUGGUUCGGUGAAAACCUUGAUGCUUCGCUUGUUUCCCAAGUCAUGACGUCCUUUGAGCGUGUCAAAGAGACUGUCAUCUUUGAGCUGGAGGCUUUGGCGGUAUAUGUUGCGCUGAAGUUUUUCUUCAAAGCUCUUAAGGGCAAGAAUGUGGUUGUGUUCACCGACAACGAAGGUGUUCACGGCGCCUUCGUAAAGUGCUGGACAGUGAGUCAGUUUGCAACGCAUGUUAUCGAUGCGGUAUGCGCGAUUGAGGAAAGCCUUGGCUUUAUGAUUUGGUACGAUCGAGUUCCAUCUGUGAGUAAUCCUUCGGAUCCGCUUUCGAGAGGAGUGUGGAACCUGCCGACACCUGUGCGUGUUAGGCCUGCGGCAAAGUUCUUCGAAAGCCUUCUUGAGGAGUCGAAGUCACGACCGAAGUGA